CUAUUUUUGGGCUGUCCGCCUGGGCUUGGCUGUGAUCGCAGCUUGCCAAGUCUCGUAUUGGCGACGAUCUCAUCUUAGAUAACCCUUUUUAUACAACAAUUUUGAUGCGCAGCGAGCAAAUUGCGACCGAGGAUGAAGUCUCCAUGGAAAGGCAGUCUUGAAUACGAGGCCCAAUAAAGCUCGUAUAACCCAUGCGCACGCGACAGACUAGUCGAAGGUUUCGGCAUAUAUAGCGCUGGUCAAGCACUUUCUGUUCAAAACUUCAAGUCAAGAGUUGCACAGAACGCAUCAAACCGACAUUAUGCGCUACUCUACAGUUCUCCAAUUAUCAGCCGCUCUCCUCUCUUUUACUAUCCCAUCUACCCUUGGAGCAGACUCCCGCUACUGCAUGAACAAAAAUGUCAUCAAAGCCAAAGACUUCACCCUCCAAGAAUCCGCCGACAGCCCACACCUCGCAGCACUAGCCAAGCACUUUGAAAGCACCGGCAAGAACGUGAGCGUUACCGCCGUUCUGAAUUCUGCAAACCGAGACCUCAACAAAGGUCAUCCAUCAGUCGGAACCGGAUCUCCCUCUGAAGCAUGGGCAUGGAACUCGGGCGACUACAAGACUACCAAGUGGACGCCACAGGGUAUCACCAGCUCUGCUGAUGCACUCGGUACCGGAAAAUGGAACGACCAUGAAGCGUGGAUUGUGAGCUGGUAUCAACAAGGUGACAGUGUACGGGUGAGUUUUGUCGAUCGAAAGACACACAAGUACCGCCAUGUCCUACUUGUAUAUCCUUCUGCGGACGAUGAUUUCAAGUCCAUCGCCAUCCAUGCUGGCGGUAUUAUGUGGUACGGCAACCUGCUGUAUGUUGUCGAUACGAACAAUGGUAUCCGGGCAUUUGACUUGGAUAAUAUCUGGGAAGUUGAAACUGCUGAUGGGGUUGGAAAGAUGAAGGAUGGGAAGGGAUACUCGGCGGAUGGAUAUCAAUACGUCCUUCCUCAAGUUCGCUGGUACAAAUGGACCCCUGGAUCAAAAUCACCCUUCCGCUUCUCCUGGAUCUCCCUUGACCGCAGCGACAGCCCCGACACUCUUCUCGUUGGUGAAUUCGUGCGCGAUGGCGAAGUCGACACCAACAAGGACCCCGUCCCAAUUCGGCUCGUCAAGUACCAGCUAGACUCCACGACUCGCAGGCUUCGCACGAAUAGCAAUGGGUUGGCAACUGCCAGCUGGGCUCAUUGCGUUGAUAUUCUGAAAAUGCAAGGUGGUGUCUCUUACAAUGGGAAAUUCUAUCUCUCGCGAAGCAAUGGUCGCGAUCCAAAGGCUGGUGAUCUGUUCACUUGGGAAGAAGGCAAGACUGCUCAGAAGUUCUCGGGUUGGUUUAUGGCUGGUAAUGAGGAUUUGAGUUAUAAUCCUGUGCGCAAGGAGUAUUACACUGUAACCGAGUAUGAUGAGGGGAGGUUUAUUCUUUCGUACAAGGUUUGAUUUUGGCCCGAUGAUGUCAUUAAUUGAGAUCGUGUCAACUGGUCAAGGGGGUCUUGAAUACACAUAGACUGAAUCGAUUUUUAUUUAUUCUUGGCUGGCAGCAGUGAUAUCUGUAUAGGUCCAGUAUAUCAACAAUAAGGUCUUAACUGCAA